AUGGAGUCUCAAUGGAGGCAGUCACACGCUGGUCUUGACACAUGUGAAAGUCUCGAAGAUUGCUUUCGGAAGGUCUUCGGAGAUACCGCAUGUGAAGCUGUCGAGGUCAAGCAACAGCUACCUUCGAUUGUCUCGGGCGGGCUUGAGUCAGAAGACUUCUGGAAGGAGCUCUACCUGAGGAUUUUUCGCCCUCUUUUCUUCGCGCGCGCCCACGAAGACCCGGGUUUGAGGAAUCUGAUUCAACUUGACGACGGGGUUUUUGUCGUCGAGCUGAAGCGUGCAGCGAAUCAGCCGCCCUGGAAGCAGCCAUGGUGGAACGGCAGUAGGUACUUGGAUCCAGCGGAGGUUGAGGACUACAAAGGAAGCGCUCCCUGCGUGGCAGAGGUGAAGAAGUGUGGUGAUGCCAUUGCGCUGCUUAAGGUGAGAACGGAGUCCAUUGACGUCCCAGAGAACUUGACUCUGUUCCCCUACACGCACUGGGCGGUGUAUGCCAUGUCAUCGCUUGUUGAGCAGUCCACACCGACCUCCUUGCAGAUCUACGACAUGGUCGCGAACGUGUCCAACAUCACCUUCCAAGGCCUCGACCUGGACCUGGCACACUUGGGGGGAACUGUGGCCUGGCAGCCGCCAGAGCUCAUGGAGCGCGUGUACAGCUACGUCCUGUACCUCGCCGAGAGUGCUGCAGGGGACUACCGCUCCCAAAUCGGCAACCAGGUCCUUGCUGGCACCAACGCCCAGUUGGUCCCCGCCGAGACAUUGAGACUGUCCUACACUCACUUCGCUGUAUACACUCGCUCUACCCUGGCCGAGCAGACAACUCCAUCGUCCCUGGCCUUCCUGGAUGAGGUCUCUGUCGCAGGAAACGUCACCUUCAUCGAUGAUGACCUGGACAGGUACGAGAUUGGAGGUGAUCUGAUUUGGCUGCAGCCAGACGACGACAGCGAAGUUGAGCACUACCAGAUCUAUUUGGCCGAGGACAGCGCGGGCAGCAACCGAUCUCUGCUUGGCAACGUCAGUCAGGGCGUACACCUUUUUGCGGUACCACCGAACACGGCGCUGAUGUCCUUCACACACCUGACUGUGUUUGCUCAGUCUGCCCUCUCCGAGCAGACCACGCCAAGUUCGGUAGUGAUCGUCGACACCAUCGCCAGCAUCUCCAACCUCCAGCUCAUCGAUCUCGAUCUGGACCCCUUGGAGCUGGGUGGCCGCGCCAUGUGGACCCCGCCAGCGAACGCGGCACGGGUGGAGGCGUAUCGGAUGUACUUGGCAACAGAUGACCUGGGCGCCGGGCGAAGCCAGGUGGGCCUGGAGGUGCCAGUGGGGAGGAACUACCACGACUUGCCACCCGAGACUGCUCUGAGCUCAUUCACCCAUGUCGUGGUCUACACCAGAUCUGGCCUGGCCGAGCAAAGCGUGCCCGUGGCGCUGCCGCUGGUCGACACCAUCGCUCAAGUGUCGGACAUUCUCUUCCCAGACUUCGAUCUUGACGAAACGGACCUUGGCGGCCUUCUGGAGUGGACGGAGCCUGCCGACACCUCACAGGUGCGGCACUACGACGUGUACAUGGUCGAAGAAUUGUCCAACAUAUCGCUUUGCACCUACCAGCUGAACCUCAGUGAAGAGGUGCUGGACAGCAACGAUUGUCCACGAAAGCACAUGGGCACAACGGACAUGGGCGUGGCCAACUUGACGGUAGCUGUGGACACGGACCUGGCCAACUACACCCACUUUGCGAUCUUCACCCGGUCAUCGCUCGUCGAACAGACUACGCCCACGACACAUCUCAUUGUCGACAUGGUGGCAAGCGUUACCGGGAUCAGGUUCACAGACCAGGACCUCGACUUGGAGCAGUUGGGAGGGGAGGUGCGUUGGACGCCACCUGCCCUGACGCAGCGCGUGUACACCUACCGCCUGUACUUGGCGAACGACCCCACUGGUCUGGGAAGAUCACAGAUCGCCACUGAUGUUCCUGAAGGUCUCCACCAGGAAGACAUCCUUCCGGAUACCGGCGCAUAUCCUUUCGUGGCCGUCUACACGCGGUCUUUGCUGGCGGAGCAAACCACUCCGGUGUCCUUGCUUCUUGAGGACAAGUAUGCACCAGUCUCCAACAUCAGUUUCCCGGACUUUGACCUGGACGCCACAGAUCUGGGUGGCACACUGACCUGGGACCCUCCGGCGGACGAGAGCCAAGUGGAGCACUACGUCAUUUAUUUUGCCUGGAUGACCGAGAACGCCUCGGAGUGCCCGCAGGAAGGGGUGUCCGACACCUACGUGGCUGUCAUUUCAGGCUCAGUGAACUUUGUUCUCGCCGGGGCGACGCAGAGUCAGGUGGAACUAGCAGUCAAGGCGGCGCUGGCCUCCUCUCUGGGCGUGGACCCCGCCCACGUGGAGGUGUCCGCGUCUUUGGGCCGACGGCUCGCGAGGCAAGAUCGGCGUCUCUCCCAGUCCUGGACAGUGCAGCUGGCUUGCACGCAGAUGUCUUCAUCAUGCUCGGCUGUUCUGCGACGCUUGUUGUUGGAUGUAGCAAACUGGCUACUGGUUCUGAUCGAGUGCUGGAGUCUCGUAGGCUGA